AACAGCCAUGUACAGUACUUCAACGGAAGUGGGCUUUGCUAUAUAAGUUAGGUACAUACUUUUAUGUGUAAGUUAAAGAAGGUAUUUUGAGUAAAUGAGCAUGUAUUUGACAUUAGUUUGGCAAUUUUCAUUACUUCUCUUGAGUGACGGUCCACAGAAAGAGAGAGAGAGAGAGAGAGAGAGAGAGAUGAAAGAAGAUUGGAAGACUAGAGGAAAAAUGCAGAUCAAGUGCAAGAGGCAUAGUUAAAAUGUGUAAAUGAUGUUUGGAAAUUACGUUUGAGUGUUGUAGAAUUUGUUUCUCCUGCAAGGACAUGAAACAUCGAAAACAAACUAUACAAAGUAUAGUUUUAUUCCCUCAUAAUCCUUAGCUUCCUUGAAAUAACCUACUACAUGACAACAAUAUUCUUCUGAAAUACAUUAUAAGUUUGGGGAAAAUUAACUAAUUUUUUGAAGAAGCAAAAGCAAUGGUAUGGUUACAGAAAAUUAAACUAUACUCUUGCACAAUCUCAUUCAACAGGGUAAACCCUUGAAAAUUACAAUUGUGGGCUUUAUGUCUUAUUUCCAAAAGGACGCUAGUAAUAGUCUGUGAUAAUUCCCCUCUCUGACAAUACUGCGAUAUAUUCAUGUCAGCAAUACAAUGUUAUUAAAACCCUCCCCUCCUAUUUCCUUCGCACUACCUCCGACAAGUCUCCGUCCCACACACACACACACACACACACUUUUCCGCCUAGAAUUGCGUCAUGGCUCGUGUUUAUCCGCGUGACGUCAUUUCCUGUACAUAAUAUGACAUUUAAGGCAUCCUUUCCACUUUAUAUCGUCAAGUUGGACUGAUAAAUAGCCACUGUAUUAAACGUGCUAGCUAAAACAGUAUGCUAGACCAUCGAUAGCUAUUUUCCGAGGGAGGGGUAAACAGUCAUCAGCUGGAGGCUGCCGAGGUCUUUGAGGCGGCUGCGGGUCCCCGUAUUUCAGAGCACAGCAUCACCCCACUGGGAAAUACUGCUUCCCCAACACUGCCACAGGUCCUGAGUGAACAAUGGCACGUAAGAGAGAGGAACGUGCAGCUCACAGCAGCAAGCGGGCAGCCAGGAGGGAGAGGCAGAGCAAUGGCCAAGACCAAAAUUUUGUGUCCCUCAAGCAGCAGCUAGUGGCCAUGGGUCUCACUCUGAGAGAGAUCCCUGGGGACGGGAAUUGUCUGUUUCGGGCACUGGGAGACCAGCUGGAUGGCACCACCACCAAUCACCACAAGCACCGCCAUCAGGUGGUGGAUUACAUGAGGCAGCACCGCGAGGACUUUGAGCCUUUUGUGGAGGAUGAUGUUCCUUUUGAUAGACACUGCAACAAUUUAGCUCAGCUGGGUACCUAUGCAGGCAAUGACUGUAUUGUGGCUUUUGCCCGGCUCCAUCAAGUGUCUGUGGUCAUCCACCAGCUCAACACACCUUGCUGGCAAAUCAAUGGCACCGAGUCCAAGAAGGGUGUGAUGGAGCUACAUAUCUCGUACCACAAUGGAGACCACUACAAUAGUGUCCGCCGUCUUGGGGACUGCACUUCUGGUCCUGCCCGCAUUAAGAUGUCUACUACUACCCUUUCCUCUGCUGCUACUGCUGCUGCAGCUGCUGCUGUUCCCAAGGCCUCCAUGAAGGGGCUGGAGGAUGAUGAUUAUGAUGAUGAUGAAGAAGAGGGUAUAAGGGAAGACAGCUUUGAAUGCCACCUUCUCCAUCUUCCACCUAUGUCUAAUGGUCAUCAUGGGAUGAGCCGGAUGGAGCAAGAGCUAAUGGAGCAGACUGGCUGUGAGGACUUGGGGUUGGUACAGAAAUACCUGUGUGCCCAUGACUAUCAAGUGCGUGAGGCAGCAGAUGCCCUCAUCAAUUACAUUGUUCAUCAGCACAAAGGGGAGUAUCCACAAACUUCGCCAAGCUGUAGUAAUGGUCAACUGUGUAGUCCUGAAGGCAUCACUUCUGGUCCUCUGGUAGGGGGGGUGGGAGUGUCCAGGAUGCCACCAGCCUAUCGCAAGAUGACCCAACAGGAAAAGCUCCAUCACCGUCUGCAGACUCAACAGCACCUUUCUAACUCCAAGCGGAAGGAAUUGAAGAAGCAGCUGAGAAAACAAGAGGCCAAUGAACGUAAGAGGCAACGACAGACAGGGCAGGAGUUUGAUGAUUUUGGUGCAGAUGAGUCUGAGGUGAUCUUGGUGAAGGACAUUGGGUGUCUCAGCAUCUAGCCACUCACUCUUGGCUGCUCUUUCUCAGGUGUAAAAAUUUCACAAUAUACUCAUAUUCAGUAAUGGUUUCAGCUAUUCUUUACAGAAUUCAACUAAAUUCCAAGUAAAGCAUUUAAAAUUUUGAAAUAAAACUGCAUUGCUUUCUUUUGUGUGUGUGUGUGUGUGUGUGUGUGUGUUCAAAUUAAGAGAACAUUGUUAUCUUUGUGUGUGUGUAUAAAAAAUAGAACAUUGUUAUCUUUGUGUGUGUGUGUGUGUGUGUGUGUGUGUGUGUGUGUGUGUGUGUGUGUAUACCAGUUGUGUUUAGAACAAGAAUGGAGACCAUGCUACACCAAACAUCCAAAUUGAUGUCUGAUAAUCUACAGACUGUGAUUCAAAGGAAGAACCUUAAAUAUCUGUAAAAUCAGCCAAAGUGACAGUUCAGCAUGAUGAUGCACUCCACUGCAAGGUACAAUAGGACACAGGUCUGGGAAAUAGUAUUGCAUCUUUAUGUAAUUGUUCACUGUUACUUCUUCACUAUUUCACGUGGAUGAGAGCCAAAGGAAGCACACUGAACAGAAGGUAAUAGGCUAUGAGCACUAAAGCCUCAACUGUCGAGUGAUUUACCAUGCUGAAGAAAUCACUAUUUUACUAUCCCAUGUAUUAAGAAAAUAAACUUCAUAAAUUAUUACUUAC